AGGAGGAGGAGGAGGACGGAGAAAGGGAGGGGAGAAGAAGGGAGGAGGAGGAGGAGGAGGAGGCAGCAGGGGGGAGUGCUGUGCGUGCGGCCGCAGCGGAGCCGUGCGAGGGGAGGAUGGCUGCUUCUCCCCGCUGCCUCUGGGCCGGGCGCUGAGGGCGAGCGUGGCAAGGGGUGGCCUGCUGGCCCUGGGCCCCGUCCCCACAGGACAGGGACAAGGACAAGAACCCCGCUUCAACGGGUCCAGCGCGACCCCAGCCCUUUGUCUGCUGGCAGGGGCUCGCGGGAGCCAGAUGAGCGGGCGGCCGCGGCGGGGAGCAGGCAGACGGAUGCUCACGGCGCUGGGGGACGGGAGGAGAGCCCAAGGGAAUGACCUCGAGGAGCAACCUGGAAGACGCAGCAGAGCCCCGAAAUGAGCCAUUUGGGGAGGAAGAGGAGGCGAAGCUCUGAUUAGAGGACCAGCCCCACGCGGGGGGUUAUGUGCUCUCGGCGGGGGGAGGCAGGCAGGGCAGCCGGCAGCGGGGGCUGAUCGCUGCGAGGGCUUCCCCCGGGGGCACCUUCUCCUGCGGACGCCGUGCCCACCCACGGUCGCCCCAUGCCCUGAUCCAGAUGCUCCCCAUGAGCCUUUCCUGCCUGGGAAGAAGCCGGUCCCACCAGCCAAAAAUGAGACCCUUCCAAACCAGCUCGCUUCUGCUCUGCGUGGUGGCCGCAGCCGCCAUCCCCAUUGUGCCCUGGAAGGUGAAAUGCCCGCCGCAGUGCGUCUGCCAGAUCCGGCCCUGGUACACCCCCCGCUCCGUCUACCGGGAGGCCGCCACCGUGGACUGCAAUGACUUGUUCAUCUCCGCCGUGCCCGAAGACCUGCCGGAGGGGACCCAGACCCUGCUUUUGCAGAGCAACAACAUCGCCAGGCUGGAGCAGAGUGACGUGGGCUAUCUCAGAAACCUCUCCGAGCUGGACCUGUCGCAGAACAGCUUCUCCGACGUCUGGGACUUUGGCCUGAAGAGCAUGCCGCAGCUGCUCAGCCUGCACCUGGAGGAGAACCAGCUGGCCGAGCUGCCCGACGGCAGCUUCCCGGGGCUGGGGAACCUGCAGGAGCUCUACCUGAACCACAACCAGCUCCGCAGGAUCGCUCCUCGCGCCUUUGCCGGCCUUGGCAGCCUCCUGCGCCUCCACCUCAACUCCAACCAGCUGAGGACGGUCGACAGCCGCUGGUUCCAGAUGUUGCCCAGCCUGGAGAUCCUCAUGAUUGGAGGCAACAGGGUGGAUGCUAUCUUGGAUAUGAAUUUCAGGCCCUUGUCCAACCUACGGAGCUUGGUUUUGGCCGGGAUGAACCUGAGGGAGAUCUCGGACUACGCGCUAGAGGGGCUGCGAAGCCUGGAGAGCCUCUCUUUCUAUGACAACAAGCUCAUGAACGUCCCCAAGCGGGCCCUGCAGCAGGUUCCUGGCCUCAAGUUUCUAGACCUGAACAAAAACCCCUUGCAGAGGGUCAGGCAAAGUGACUUCACCAACAUGCUGCACCUCAAGGAGCUGGGGCUCAACAACAUGGAGGAGCUGGUGUCCGUAGACAAGUUUGCCUUGAUCAACCUCCCCGAGCUGACCAAGCUGGACAUGACCAACAACCCCAAGCUGUCCUUCAUCCACCCCAGCGCCUUCCACCACCUUCCCCAGAUGGAAACCCUCAUGCUCAACAACAACGCCCUAAGUGCCUUGCAUAAGCAGACGGUCGAGUCCCUGCCCAACCUGCAGGAGAUCAGCAUCCACGGCAACCCCAUCCGCUGCGACUGCGUCAUCCGCUGGGUCAACAGCACCGAGAACCGCAUCCGCUUCAUCGAGCCCCAGUCCACACUGUGCGCUGAGCCCCCCGACCUCAAGAGGAGGCACAUUCGGGAUGUCCCCUUCCGGGAGAUGACGGACCGCUGCCUGCCCCUCAUCUCUGCCCGGAGCCUGCCCUCGCGCCUGGAAGCGGCGGACGGGGACAAUGUCUCCUUGCACUGCCGCGCCCUGGCGGAGCCGGACCCGGAGAUCUACUGGGUCACCCCCUCGGGGGUGAAGCUGGUCCCCUAUGUGGAAGAUGGGCGCUAUAGGGUGCACCCCGAAGGGACGCUGGAGAUUGCCGGGAUCUCGGCUCGGGAGGCCGGGUUGUACACCUGCGUGGCUCACAACCUGCUCGGGGCGGACACCAGGAGCGUCAGCGUGAUGGUCAACAGCUCCUUCCCGCUCAGCGAGGCCAGCCUGGAGCUGGCGGUGGUGGACAUCCAGGCCUACCACAUCCUGGUGGCCUGGAAGCCGCAUCUCAACACCGUCUCCUCCAACCUCACCUGGUCCAGCUUCUCGCUCAGCUCCAACUCGGACACGACCAACGUGGCCCGCAUCCCGACGGGGACCCACGCCUACAACAUCACCCGGCUCCACCAGGACACGGAGUACUGGGCUUGCCUCCACGUGGCCUUUGUAGACUUGCAGGCCAAGGUGGCUUGCGUGAACGCCAGGACUAAAGAGGCCACCCGCCGCUACGGGCCCCUGGGGGACAGGCAGAGCCUCCUGACCCUGCUGGUGCUCUGCGUCCUGCUGCUCGCCGCCGGCCUGGUGGCUCGCUGUGGCCUCGGGGACGAGCCCAGGAGGGCUGGGGAGCUCCCGCGGGACGCGGUGGCCGUGCGCGUGGUUUAUCCCCACCUCGCCCCGCACUGGGCUCAGGGGGCUCAUGGCAGGCAGCUCCUGGCUGUGGAGGUGCAAGCGGCGCCCCUGGACUCCUGAAGGCCCCGAGCUGCUGCUGGGGGCUGACCGUGAGGUGGUUUGGGGUGGGGAGGGAGAAACUAUUUUUUACCAAAAAAAAAAAAAAAACAUGAAACAGAACAAAGUAAGCAAGACAAGGAGGGAUUUCAUGGACUUGACCAAGAGACAAAGCAGCAGACGGGAGCAGAGCUGGCCACGGGGCUUGCAGAGCUCCUGCAGGGUCUGGAUCCAUGUGUAGGGUCUGGAUCCAGCAGACAUCCCAUCCUGGGACAGCUGGGAUGUUCUUGGCAGGUCCAGGCCCGAGGGGACAAUGCCCCAAGUGGUUGAAGAGCCAUAGGGGUGAGCAGCAGAUCACCCCUUCCCCACGCACCCCGGCACCCUGCGGCACCCCAGCGGGGUCAGCUCCUUCGCUGGACAGUCCCUGUUUUGGAAAUACAAAAAAAAAAAAAAAAAAAAAAAAAAGGCCUUUCCCUUUGGGAUACAUGUGGGGUUUUUUGUUUGUUUCUUGUUUCUUUUCGGGAGGGCACUCAGAUAAUCAGCCACAAACCCAUCCCCAGCUCCUUCCUGCAGCCCUGUUGUUUGUUUGCUGCCAUUGAUCAGAGGAAAGCGGAGGAGAAGGAGGUGACUCGGGCAAAAGAAACAGAAGUGAUGGAGCUGACUUGUUGCUUAACUGGCAUCCCGGAGGGGCUGGCUGGUUUCUGCCAGGAGUCAGCCCCAUUUCCAGCAAGUGUAAUCUCGUGGCUAUUCGGUAAACUUCUGUGGAUAAUGUUACAGAAAGAAAAACGGGGAAAAAGGAGGGUGGGGAGGCAGUCCUUGCUUUUCUGCUUUUGUUAAAAUAAUAAUAAUAAUAAUUCUUUGCACACUGGUGUGAACCUAGAAGGCUUCAGAUUAGCAAACCUUGCUUCAGAUGUAGGAGAAAUGGGGGGGGGGGGGGGGCGUGCAGGCCAGGCCAGCCCCGUCUGAGAACACCCCUACGGGAGGUGAGGAUGUGGGAUCAGCUCUCCUGUGCUGUUGCUGCUUCUUUCUCUGGUAAGCAAUUAAAACUACAAGUGGAACAAAUCAAUGGGCAGCUCCAGCCCCCCGCCUGUGCCGAACCGAGGGACGUGGUGACUGCAAACCAGCAAGGCUCAUGGGGGCCCUUCCCUCCCGCUCGAUGGGCACCAGUCCUGCCAGCAAUCUUCCUGGUGUGGGAUAAGACCACGAGCCGUUCUUUUGCUUGGGUUUAUCCUCAUCCCUGCGCAUUAGUAGUGAGGAUUUGGGGUCGGUUUAACUGCAGUCCUACACAAAACGUGCCUUUGCCAACACACACACAACCCCGAGAGACCCUGGUGCAGCCCAGGAGGCAGGGGUGCACCCAGAGCCCAGCCGACACCUCACUCAUGGGCCUUUCCAUGGGAAAUCCCAAGAAAACACAACCCAGACAGAGCUGGGGGGGCACAGGGUGUGGGUACCCCAAGAGGUUACAUCCCGGCACAGAUGUGGUGCAUCCUUGGGCACAGCUGGUGCGAUCGCUGCGUGCAGGGAGCUCUGAAGGCACCAGAAGAUCCUGACGGAGGAAGAAGCUGCGUGAAGUCCUCAUUCAUCUCCCAGCCAAGGCGAGAUGGUUCCCUGCUGCACGAGCUCCGCGCUCAGCCAGGCACACGAUGCGGCUUCGGUGCCUUCGCGGGGUAAUUAUUUCGGAGGGUAACGGCUCCCCCCGGCCCCUGUUCGACAUUCACCAAAGCACUUCAGCAUGUGUUUAGGACCCAGCGAGAUCUCCAGGGGCCCCAAGCACAUGCUGAAACCUAAGUGCAUGCUUAAAUACUUUGCUGAAUUAGAGGCAUCGUCUGAUCUAAACGCUGGGCUGCCGAGCGCCAGCCCUGCCAGCGGAGCUGCUCCGGUGCGCAGCGCUCGGUGUUUGCAGGCUCGGGGCCUGAAAUAGCCUCUCUCCUCGGCCUUCUGUACAGUGGGGGGACUAAAACAGAAUAUAUUCCCUACAGUUCAGCUAAAUUGGAGCUACGGCCCAUGGAAAUAGUUGCCGAGAAAUUUCCCCGGUGUAAGCACAUCUCUGAUUUAAUCCUGCUCGCCUGCCCCUCUGCCGCGCACAGAGAUCUCGUUCACGGUCCCUGCAGAAACAUUGCCGGCCCGCAGACAAAGCCGGCACCGAGCCCUCACAGGCUGUAAUUUUGUAGGUGUAGAGAAAAAGCCUCUUUGAUCACGGUUAUCGUGGCUGCUGCUGCCACGCUGGGAUGGGGGUGAAGGUUCAGCCGCUGCCGGGAUCGGCUGCUCCGAUCUCAACGCGAUGCCUGCAAACCAGAGAUUAAAACGCAAGAUAUGUGCAAUUAAUUUUAUUUCCUUUGAAACCGGAGUGACCCCAGGAGCACCGCACGGUGUGGUCAGGCUGGGACACCCCACUGCACCCCCAGCCCAUGGGGGGACACCAAAAUCCCUGUCCCCAAAGCAGGAGCUGCCCUCGAACCAUUUGUAUUCCCUCUACAAUUGGCGUCUUGGACUCCAGCUGGAGAGCGCUGUAGGUGCCUCAUGCACUAUUCGGUGUUGUUAAUAUUUAUUAUUAAAGCAACAAGAAGCUUUUCCUGGGUGCUGUGCUGGAUGAGAUGCUUCAGAAACCUUUGUCCCCCAUGCUAAAGCCCCUGUGGGGCCCGCAGAGCUGGGGCAGUUUGGGGCAGCCCCCCCACCGCUGCAGCCCCUGCUGGAGGACUCCAGGGAGACAUGAGCCUCUGGUACCAGCCCCACAACACUUUUCCCCCUCCACAUAUUUUCUUGCAAUUUCCAGCUCUUGGCUAGGGGCUUCAGGCCAGAAAUGAACUUUUCCAGGUGAAUUGUGGCAUUUGCAGAAUUUGUCGGGGUCGUAAUUGGGACUUAGAGAUCCUCCUCUGCCUGGAGGCUGAGUCCUGCAAGUGGCAAGCAGCGUACGAGCCAGGGGGCUCUCAACUCCAGGGCUCUUUAAUCUACCACCCAAAGUCAUGGCAAGGUCCAGGGCUGGAAGGUGAAGAAAUUCAAAUUAAGAACAAGACAUCUUCUUUUAUUUUAAGCACAGAAGUAAUUAACUGCUGGAGCAGCUUAACCAGUAGCGGGGGCAGCAGCCUCCACUUCCAAGCAUCACGCAGGGAUGCAGCUCUCAAAGAGAUUCCCUAGUGAAGAGAAUCCCAGAUGUCUCCAGCCCAGAAUAGUGCCACCAGCACCCAGUGUCCCUCCUGGCUGCUGGUGGGGGGGCGAUGGGGCAGGGGGAGGCAAACGGGGACGGCCUCCAUCACCUCCUGGUCCUCCUUCUCCUCUAUCCACCUGGGAUGGGAAAGGCUUGGCUGGGAAAUGCUUCCCCAGCCUGGCCUGUCAGGUCUCCCUCUGGGCACUGAUUUCUUUUCCCCACAAACCACUCUGCCUUAGCUGCUCAUCAGGUUUAAUUUCUCCUUUUUUUUUUCUAUUACCUUCACUUUGAGGAUAGCAGUAAAAGCCCUCAUUUCUGCUUCUUUUGCCCUCCGUGCCUCCUCUUCCUCCUCUUUCUCCAUGCAAACAGCAUCGUGGAUCUCAUCUGCAACAGAGCUUCUCCUGACAAAGCCAAGCGAGAACAUUGCGUGCCAGACUCUAUUUUAAGCACCUAAUAAAACCCGUUUUUGGAGUGGCUCCA